GUUCCGUUCCCAGACGACACCAAUGCACCGGGAGGUUUGAAUCUCAAACGGAAGUUCCACGAAGUAAGCUCCAAGCUUGGCCGGUAGAGUUUGUGGUGCACGAAAAUUUGCAAAAUGUUGCAUUUUCUUGAUUGUGCGUAUGACAGAAGUCUUUUUGAUGCUUCCAAUAAUAACUGUAAACAGAAAAAGCACUGAGACGUAGCGAAGACGAUACUGUGAACCAAUCACGAGCCGCGUAGCGCUUCAGAGCGCCGUCUAAACAGGUGUGGGCAGGACUUCCAGGCUUCACGCCCCGCCUCUUUCGGGCGUUCGUCACGGACGACAGGCGUCGCGUAUUCCAGCAACAGGUCGCUGCCAACAUGGAGAGUCAGGAAGGACCCCAGAGCAAGAAGAGUCGACAGGAAGACCAGGGAUCGUCGUCAGAACAGCAGAGAGAAGAAACUCUCAGGGAACCACAACCUCAAUUGGCAGAAACCGUCGCUGCAGAAGAUACUGUGCCAAAUGACGAACCAGUGCAAGUGAAGUACGAAGUGGUCGAAGAAGUCGUCUACGAUUCUAGUGCCGUCCCUCCUGAAGACACUUCGGGACAAUUACUUUUAAUUCAACAAGAGAACUUACAAGAAAGCGUGCAGGACACCGGAGAGCCAAUCACCGAAGACGAACGUUCUCCGCAGCUUGCAGAACUUCGUAGUGAGUGGCCAGAGUCACCAUCCAAGAAGGAGGACAGCCUCACUACGUUGUACACUCUCGAUCCUCUUGUACAGCCCGAACUGGUGGGAUGCAACGAUCCGAUGCCCUAUGACUACCGCAUGAUGACUCUCAACCAAGAUCCUGCUGAUGAGGAGUUCGCUGCUAGUGAGCAACAGGCUUACGCUCUUCCUCAGGAUUCAAUAUCUCAACCACACUACGACGUCAACCUCGCCGAACAGGAGGCGAAGAUGAACGCCAUCCAAGCAGGCAUGCCUGAGCCUUACCGAACGCUGCCUCCAAUGCAGAGGACACCUUACCACAUCAUGACAACGGCUCAGACUUACAGCACUACAAGGGAGUGCGCUACCUCCACGGGUACGACGACGACUGUGGCGUCGUCAUCAAGGAGUACGAGGAGCAGUGGCCGGACAAGAGACCGAAAUCGUGGGUCAAGCUCGUUAAGCCGUGAGGAACAGAAGCGGAACGCAUGCGACCGUGAGCGAAGUAGAAUGCGUGACAUGAACCGAGCGUUCGACCUGCUUCGCGAGAAGCUACCAUUCUGCAAGCCACCAGGAAAAAAAUUCUCCAAGAUUGAGUCUCUCAGGAUGGCAAUCAAGUACAUAGCCCAACUGGAGACUAUCCUUUCAUCUCAGGGUGGAUCGUCGUCCGGUCCAUCAGGCCAACCCUACGAUUCCUCCUUCUUCCCUGCAUCCGUUUGGGCAACAGCACCCAAUUACUACAGCUGGAUACGACAGGAUAUUGAAAACACGGGUCCACUACCAGGUCCAAACCAGCCACACAACAUCAACCUGAAUACCCAGCAAAACUCAUCCUUCACAUCAACCAGUCCAAAGUACUUUGGCAACAGCAACAAGCUCAAGGAAACACCCGCCAACGAAAGCUACUGGCACCAUGACGGCACGCAACCUUCACAAUUUGUUUAUCAGUAGCUCUGCAAAUCACGUCAUGUGCCACUUGUACAGUCUAAUGUAAAUGCUAUUUCUGGUCAGAGCGAUAUAGUGCCAGUUUAUCUCCACCUAUAGCGCCCGCGUAUUAGAGAACAUCACCACGUGAUGCUGCUGCCCAAACUACGGGUGAAGCCAACGCCACCUAGAUAGAGAAAGCCAUGUUUACUCGUCGACGUGACGUAAUAACUAAGAGUCAGCCAAUCGGGUCGUGUUUUCAACGGCGGUAGCCAAUCACGAACGAGCUUUCAGCGGUCGUAGCCACGGAGACGAACCACUGUCGAAUGCGAGCAGUGAUUGAACGUCCCCGCGUACUAAACGGGAAAAAUAAAGCGUAAAACGGUCCCAUAUCUUUCUCAAGACUGAUUUUCUGGAAAUCCUGUUGCACUUUUUGUCUACAGGUUCAGGUCUACAGGUUCCAAGUUAGCUGCAAUCAUUUGCGACUUCUUGAAUUCGCAGAACGGUGAUUCGCAGUAGCAGACGAAUUCUGACUUUACAUGCCCACGUAGCGAAGGAGGGAGAGAAGGCAAUAAGCAGGCCUUCUGUAUCUAGGUGGCGUUGGUGAAGCAAUGGAGGUUGCCAUGCUGCGUAUUUUUUCCCUAAUAAGCCCCCCCCCCCCCGUCGCUAAUUUUCCCUAACUGUACAAUCAAACCUCCCAGGAAAAGAAUUUGGGGGUACAGUUGGGGGCCUUACUCAUCACGUGACCCAUUACCAGUGCUGUCGCCAAUGCGAAGCUGGUGAGUGCAAUCGUCAGGAUGAGGACAGUGCAUAUAGAGUUACAUCUGGAAGAACUACACGCAGUUGCUCUUUGCUUUUGAUGUGGUGUGAUAAAUACGCUCCGAACUGGUUCAUGUUACGAACACUGUGCUUCUGGGCACACGUGGCAUUCAAUAAAGUGCUUCUGUAAAGUU